AUGAGAGCACCCAUUCCUAGACUUCCUCUCAAGCUUUAUCUAGCUGCAACAAACACAGCGGUUGGGGCUUUACUUGCUCAAGACGACCAUGGUGGAGAAGAAGGCCCUAUUUACUACGUAAGUAGGCAAUUAGGGGGGGCUGAAACAAGAUAUCCAAAGACUGAGCUUUUAUGCCUUGCCCUUGUCUAUGCUGCACAGCGCUUGCGUCACUACUUCCUUGCUCAUAAGCUACAGCUCAUGGUGAAGUCCAACCCCGUAAGGUACUUGCUCAGGAGACCAGUGCUCUCCGGAUGUCUUGCACGGUGGCUAUUGCAGCUGUCCGAAUUUGAUAUCACAUGCACAACUCCUAGGGCCAUCAAAGGACAAGCCGUGAUUGACAUGCUGGCUCUAUUUCCUGAAGAAGAAGGACCAAUUCUUUCAGAGGAGGUUCUGGGAGAGCUGCUGGAAACGGUGGCUGUUGUUACAGAAGAAGAACCAUGGACCCUCUACUUUGAUGGUUCUUCUACGUCAAAUGGUGGAGGAGCAGGUGUGGUACUCGUCAACCCCGAAGGACAAGCCACGGCCCUCUCAUUCAAACUAAAUUUCCCAUGUACGAAUAAUGUGGCCGAAUAUGAGGCAUUCAUUAUGGGGUUAUCUACAGCAAAGGAAAUGGGCAUAGAGAAGAUCAAAAUCAUUGACGAUUCAAAUUUGGUGCUAAGUCAGUUACAAGGAAGCUUCGCUGUGAAGGAGUCAACAUUAGCACCGUAUCGCACAGCUGCUGAAAAACUUGUCGGUUCUUUCAAGCAAGUGCUGCUGGAACAUAUCCUGGGGGUCACUAAUAGAUACGCUGAUGCUUUGGCAACAUUGGGGUUAAAGCUCUCAUUUAUCCAAGAGUAG